AUGGGUCGCAGAAGGGCCAUCCUAUGGGCACUUUUCCCAUGCUGCAACCCCAAGAAAAAGGCCAAGACAAGAAAUAAGUUGGCCUCAUCCCAAGUCGUGGAAGCAGAGUGCCCGGAGGAGUUGGCAUGUCGACAGCUAAAAGCAUGCAGGGAGCAGCUUCUUAGAAGAGAAGCAGAAAUCUCGGAACUAAAAGCAGAAAGGAACAACACCAGGCUGCUGCUGGAACACCUGGAGCUCCUGGUUUCCCGGUACGUGCCGUCCCUCCAGAUGACGGUGGAGAGGCAUCAGGCGCGGUCCCCAGCCAGCAUGACCAGCGAGUUGGAGGUCCUCAGGGCACUGAGAUUGCUCUUCGAGCACCACAAGGCCCUGGACGAGAAGGUGCAGAGCCAGAGGGAGCAGGACUGGGAGUCCGCACAGCAGACCCGCGUGGUGGCCACCAUGGCCCAGGACUUCGAGAGUGACGAGGAUGUGUCUGACGGCGAGGGCGACAGGGUCACCCUCUUCAGCUCGGCCGGUCAGCUGCCGCCCAGUGGGCAGGCCGAUGCCGACACUCUGCCUGUGAUGCCUCGGGAGCAGCUGGACACCAUCAGUGAGGAGACCCGGUGGAUCCAAGAGGAAGAGAGCACGGAGCAGCGGGCCGAGGAGACUGAGAGCAGGGCGGGCAGGGCGCGCUUAGGCAGCCUUCGGCGUUUUGAGUCCCUGAGCUCCCUCAACCUGUGUCCUGCCUCCUCACUUGCCAGCUCCUGCCCGCCCAGCAGGGCGCCCUCCCCACCCCGAAGGAGGCGGCGCAGCCUGGCGCACGAGGGAGACCGGCUGGGCAUCAUGACUGCGGUGCAGAGCCAGAGGGAGCAGGACUGGGAGUCCGCGCAGCAGACCCGCGUGGUGGCCACCAUGGCCCAGGAUUUCGAGAGUGACGAGGAUGUGUCUGACGGCGAGGGCGACAGGGUCACCCUCUUCAGCUCGGCCGGUCAGCUGCCGCCCAGUGGGCAGGCCGAUGCCGACACUCUGCCUGUGAUGCCUCGGGAGCAGCUGGACACCAUCAGUGAGGAGACCCGCUGGGUGUCCGGGGGCCCCGAGGCCUUCCUGGGCCACACCCGCACAGCUGAGCCCCUGUCCCGGUUCCACGUGCAGAGCGGUCACAGGCCGGUGACCAUGUGCAGGAGCAGGCAGAGGUGGCUCCAGGAGGAAAGGGAGAGCACGGAGCAGCGGGCUGAGGAGACUGAGAGCAGGCUGCCAGCUUUAAUGGAAGAGGUAGAAGAUGACAAGACUGCCAUCCAAUGUGAAGCCUCGAGCCCUGCCUCGCCGCAGUCCCUUUGGCUGGACCGGCUGCACACGGGGGUGCUGCGCGCAGCCAGCCCAGAGGACGUCAGGGACACCUGCAAACCACCGCCUGCUGAGCUCCCGUCCUCAGCCAGGCAGCACUCGAUGGAGGGCACGUGUGGUCUCCUGUGCAGCAGCUCUCCUGCCACGGCCGGGGACGGCCACCCUGCAGAGGACGGCCCCGGGGGCAACCCCAGCAGCAGCACCAUCAGCCAGGACUUGCUGCACAAAGCCCCGAAGAAGGGCAUCAAGUCGUGCAUCGGCCGCUUGUUUGGAAAGAAGGAAAAGGGCCAGCCUGGACACCCGGCAAGGAGGCCUUAG